UUCUACCUUGAGGCUUUGUAACUGGUCGAUUGUCAGGUUCUGCAGCUGCACUGGAAAAAUUCACAUCAACUACAGUAUCAUUUUGAUGUUUGCAGUUACUGAGUGCAGGCAGGUGCUUCUCUGACAGCCUUAGAUUGUGCUUUGGUGAUACAUCUCAAGAUUUCUAUAUCUGAGUCUGUUCUUAAUUUGACUACUCGUAAGCCAUCUCCACUUGAACCAACCACAAGUGAGCCCACCCAUUUUGCUACUUUUUCACACGUCUCUGUCUCUCAAGUCUCUGUUUGUCUCUGAGGCCCAUUUGAAGCAACACGCUCCGACAACUUCUAGAGGAUAUUUCCACAGUGAAUCGUUUUUCAGUUACAGAACGAGCACUGUAGGUAUGGCCGAGGAUGGAUAUCCCUCUGUGUAUGUGGUGGACAGCCAUGCAACCCUGCCUCCAGUGCCACCCAAGCUGAGCAAGGGUAAACGCCGUGCCGGGGUGGCACAGACCCUGCUGUUCCUGUUGGUGAGCGUGGCAUUGUGCGGCAUGGCCAUAGAAGCCUGCUUCAUCUACCGUCUCUACAAACCUGAAUCUGCCACCUCAGGAUCGACCUCUAAGCUUGCAGGUGAAGAUGCUACUUCUCCCAUUAAAAUGCCCAGUCUUGAUAUUCUUCCUUCCAAACCGGUUGCACAUCUGACAGAUGGACAAGAUGUAGUUCAUGAAAAUCAAACCAUGGCAUGGAGCAUGGAUGCAGACCCUCUCCUCCAUGAAAUGGACUACAAAGACCGAAGUCUUGUCAUUCAGAAGGAGGGUUUUUACUAUGUCUAUUCCAAGGUUUCCUUCAUGGAUACCAAUGUAUUUCACCACUCUGUUCAUCUGAAAACUAAACUGUACAUUGGGAAAAGUAUUCCCCUCCUGAAAUCCAGGAAAUACUCAGAGGGGUCCAGCAACAUACGAUCCAACAGUUACUUGGGUGGAGUGUUUCACCUCUACAAAGAUGAUGCCCUUUUUGUGAAAGUGAGCAAUAUAUCAAAAAUUGUGCGACACAAAUCCUUUGAGAACGUCUUUGGAGCAUAUAUGAUAUAAAUAUCACAUUGAUAUUUUACCAUGAAUCUGAAAGUUUGGAGUAAGAGUAAAUAAAAGUGGAUGCAAAAUGUUAUAGAAUCUUCUCAAGGAUUAAUGAUUCUCUUUGCAAUGUAAAAGCAGGUCAAUAACCGGAAAGAGAGGCAGGUGUGAAAACCUCUUCGUUCCUCUGAGAGAUAUGAAGGUCAGGUUUUAUUGGGGGAGUGAAACUUCAUUUUUUGAAUUAUGUUUGACAAUGUAACAAAGCUCAUUUUCCCAUCAGGGACUUUUUAUGUGCAUACGUGUAUACUUACUAAAUCUUCUGAAUGUUACAAAAUGACUUGUCAUAGAUGGAUAAAAAAACACGUUGAUACAUUACUCAUUCUUCCUGAUAUAUAUAUAUAUAUAUAUAUAUAUAUAUAUAUAUAUAUAGUGUUGCUAAGUAUAGACAUAUGUGUCAUGCUAAAAUUAAAAACAAACAAACUGUAACCUUACACAUUUAAUUCUUGCUGUGACACAUACUGCACACUAUUUAUUUAUUCCUCCUGUGGUAGAAUGAAUGAUAUAACUGCUUUUCAAUUCUGCUGUAUUUAUGUGCAAUAAUGUAUACAAAACAAUAAAAUAAACAGAUCACGAUUCUAA